AUGCCAUCGAAAUCAAACACGAAUAUACGAUCGAAUCAAUGUUAUAUGCCACUUUGGAUUACAGAAUGGGCUAUUGUUAGUUCAUUGAUUUGUAUAUGGGAUGCAACAUAUGUUUUAACACGUCCAAGAAGUAUGGCUAAAGGUGAUCUAUUUCAUUUAUUUUCUCCUUAUGCAACAUAUAUAACAGUUGAUCCACUCUAUGGAAAUUUAAAAAAUGCUUUUGUUAUUGGACAAAGUUGGAUGAAUUAUGUUGAACUUACACUUGCAUUAUUUGCAGUCAUACUUUAUCAUAUUUUCAAACGAAAAAAUUCCGGUUGUCUUCUUCUAUUAAUUGCUAGUGUUAUGUCUUGCUCAAAAACAGUAUUAUAUUUUAUACAUGAUUAUUAUGAACGAUCAUUACAUCCUCAUGAUUCACCUUAUGAAAUUGAAACAUGGCAAUAUCUUCUUCUGUUUAUUAUACCAAGUUCUCUCUGGAUUAUAUUUCCAUUUUGCUGUACAUGGACUCUUGGUCGACAAAUUAUUAAAAUCCUUGACUCAUCAAACGAUAAAACCAAAUCAGCUUAA